GUGGCUAGGGGGCGCAGGCGGGGGUGGGCUUACUUAAGGAGGCGGGGCGCCGGCCGCUGCAGUCGCCAACAUGCUCGUCAGGACGCUGCCUCUUCUCCUAGCGGUGUCGUUAGCGUGCCUGCACGCCAGCGCGGCACAGGACCCCCUGUCCGUGGUGCGCCGCGCCCCGGCCUCCUCCACCGACCCGCCGGCCAGGGGCAGGGCGCGCGUGCUGGUCUCCAAGACCUCCAGGGGCCCCGCGGCCGUCCCGAGCGCCGCGUCUCCGCUUCCGCCGCCGCCCCCGCCGCCGCCGCUGGUAACCCUGCCCGACCAGCCGGUAGAGCCCGCGCCCGUUCCGCACCGCUUCGCAGUGCAGCAGAGGGCGCCCACCUCCACGUCGGCACCACCGCGCACGCCCCCGUCGCCGCCCCCACCGCCCCCGAGGCUCAGACUGCCGGAGCAGCCGGAGGAGGCGACGCCCGUGCUGCAGCGCUUCGGGCACCAGUCCAGGGGGCAGCCCUCCGCCCCCACGACGACGGCGGCGCCGCUGCCGCCUCCGCCACCCCCGCCGGCCUUCCUCCCUCAGCCGGCAGAGGUUGUCCUGCCCGCGGCGCCGCCCCACCGCUUCUCGCAAGAGCGAUCGACUCCCAAGCCACUGCCAGCACCCGUCGUGCUGCCUCAGCAGCCCGUUAGGAAGAUCACACCUGACGUGGCGGUCCGCAGUGGCGACUCCAAGGCGGACGCGACGCUGGAAGACGAGCGCCGGCGGCAGGCAGAGUCUGCGCGCUACUCGUUCGGCUCGAGCGUGCAGGACUCCAUCAACGACAACACGCAGUCGCGCCAGGAGACCAGGGAGGGCCUCAAGACGGUCGGCCAGUACUCCUACAGCGACGGCUUCCUCCGCCGCACCGUCCACUACGAGGCCGACGACAAGGGCUACCGCGUCACUCAUGAGGAGACAGAGACAAUUGGCAAUGGCCCACAGGUGAACCCUAAUGGUCAUGCUGAGGUGGAGAGCAAUGUGGGUGGUUUCCACAACAAGUACGCCAUCACCAUUGAAGACUUAGCUGAGAAGGAAUCCUGAACAUACUCUUGAGUGUUAUGAGUGUCUUCUGUCCAUUCUUUGGUGGGCAUUCACUAGGUUCCAAAUAAUGUAAAUUAUUUUUAUGCUGUGACCAAGCACAUUUACUACAUAUUUAAUCAAAUGUUGGUAACUGUGAACUAUAUAUAAGCAUAAAUUAGUAUUUCACAAGCAGUAAAGGAAAUAUAUCAGUGGAUAUAUUGUUUUUAAAUGUGAUUGGCUGCAACUUCAAUUAUCUUAAAAUGUGAAUUUUAAGAAAAUGUUGUAUUAUUAUGUAAUAUUGUAACAUAAUAACUAAUGUAAUGCAGAAAUAGAUACAGUGACAAAACACCUGUGAAAAUAAAUGCAACCUACAAAAGUUGUACACAAUAUAUGUUGGACCUGAUAUUAAAUGUAUAGUGUUGAUUCCAUAAAUAAAAUGGAAAUGUGUGCUAUA